CGGAAAAGUCAAGGGAUGUGAAUGCUUUCUGUAGGCACUGUACAUAGAAACUGGGGCAUUUUGUAUUGGGGCUAAAUAUCUUGGGGACCUGGUGCAGAUUCCGGAUCUGGCCUGCUUUCCAGAUCCCAGCUAUAGGAUAACGAAAACAGGAAAUAAUAGAACUACCACAUCUAGAGCGCAGGUGUCCUGACCCUGAUAGGAUGCAGAUGUCUACCCACCUUCUUUAGUGAGAUUCUGCCUCACUCUUUCUUAUGAUAAUCUGACAGAAAAUUGACAUGCUACACUGAGAUGGUUUCGGGAACAGGUCCUGCAACAGCUGUCCAGAAAUUAAAUAAUCUCCUUUCUCCACAGUCUCCACAGUUCUCUGGGAGGCGGGAAUAUUAAACGACCAGAGACAGCGACCCUCACCCUCUAAGUCUCAGAUUCAGGAUGUUGAUUACACAGUAUAGAAGGGCAUGGCCAAGCAUACUGUCAACUUCCAGCCAUCUAGAGUAGACCAUAUGGCCCCCUGUCCUCUCCGGUUCACACUACAGAUUCAAGGGUCAAAAUCGAAUAUCCUUGAUCACAUGGGAGGCGUGCUCUCUUAAUCCGCAGGGAGACGGUUCAGAAUGCUGCUGUAGGUUUACAGCGCAGGACAUGGCAUGCAGUGUGCGUACUGUGUUGUGUGGAAAGUGUCAUGAAGCCUGUGUUUGGUAGCGUGUGUCGUCCACCACGUAAUGUGUAAAAUGUGCAUUAUAGAAAGCGCGUGUGGUGUGGAAUAAGUCGUGCAGCAUGUGUUGUGCGGCGUCAGACAGUCUGCAUUGUGGGACUGACUGUGUAGGCUUCCCAGCGCUGCUUCAGAGCAACAGCGCUAUUAAUAGGGUUGAGCUCCCCAGUCGUUAAAGUUCAUUUUCCCCUGCGUCUGAGUACUGAUUUAGCAGCGCUGCAAUUGUGCUCUCCAGGCUGCAGCCUCCUCUCCUCUUCUCAUCACGCCGGGGGGAAACGAGGGGAAGCUGGGCUCUCAUUAACAAGCUCAUUCACACCUGAGGACGGGAGGAGCAGGAAGCAGCUGUUCCACACCUCCUCCUCCUCAGUGCUCUGCUCCUCUGCCCCUCUCUCUCUACCCGGCCCAGGGGUCUAGAAUCUGCUAGCCUGUGCAGCCAUCCAUGAGUUUCCAGAAGAUAUAUUUACCAAGGAGGAGCUGAAAAGAGGAGCAGUGCUGUUACAUGUGCUGUGUGCUAUCUACAUGUUCUACGCUCUUGCUAUUGUCUGUGAUGACUACUUUGUUCCUUCCCUGGAGAAGAUAUCAGAGAACCUGCAGCUCAGUGAGGAUGUGGCAGGAGCAACCUUCAUGGCUGCAGGAAGCUCAGCCCCAGAGCUCUUCACCUCUCUCAUUGGUGUGUUUAUCACUAAAGGAGACGUGGGGGUCGGCACCAUCGUGGGCUCAGCGGUCUUCAACAUCCUGGUCAUCAUUGGUGUGUGUGGCAUCUUUGCGGGCCAGACGGUGGUUCUAACGUGGUGGUCUCUGUUCAGGGACUCCACCUACUACAUCUUCUCUGUGCUGGCUCUCAUCCUGGUUAUCUUUGAUGCAAAAGUUGUCUGGUGGGAGGCCGUGCUUCUGAUGACUAUGUAUGGAGUUUACAUUGUUAUCAUGAAGUUCAACUCCCAGCUCUUGGGGUGUGUGACUCGUUGUUUUGGUGGUCCGGGUCAGUGUUGCCUGGCUAGUGAGGGACACCGAGAUGAGGAGAUGGCAGAGGACAGACCCACCUGCAACACCAACAUGGUGCUGCUCAGGAAAGGCCAACCCCAGGGUCAGGAGUUUCCUCCGGUGAUGAUGGUGGACGAACUCCUCAUCCUCAACCCCCACCAGUUGUCCUUUUCCGAGGCUGGCCUGCGCAUCAUGAUUACCCCCCACUUCUCCCCUCGCACCAGGCUCAGAAUGGCGGGCCGCAUGCUCAUCAGUGAGAGACAGAGGUUGAUCAGGAGUCCCAACAGCCAGCUGGAUGGAGAGACCAGCGCAGGGGCAGGGGGCACCCCUCUGAAGGGUUCUGGAGGUCUGGAGAAUGGGGGCAGUGUGGAGAGACAGACCCCCGAGGGGGCAGGGCUAGGGGACGCAGGGGAGAAGCCAGGGGCGGAGGGUUGUCAGGCUGAGGAAGAGGAGGAUGAUGAUGGGCCGUUCAGGCCUCUGCACUGGCCAGAUGGUUGCUGUGCACGGGUCAAGUGGCUGAUCUCGUGGCCCCUGGGCCUGCUGCUGUACUGCACUGUGCCUAACUGUGUGUUCCCCCGCUGGCACCGCUGGUUCAUGGUCACCUUCGUGGCCUCCACCCUGUGGAUAGCCAUCUUCUCCUACCUCAUGGUGUGGAUGGUCACCAUCGUCAGCUACACACUAGACAUCCCAGACUACAUCAUGGGUAUCACCUUCCUGGCAGCGGGCACCAGCGUGCCAGACUGCAUGGCCAGCCUCAUUGUAGCUCGGCAAGGUAUGGGGGACAUGGCUGUGUCUAACUCCAUUGGCAGUAAUAUCUUUGACAUCCUGUUGGGGCUGGGUUUCCCCUGGGCUCUGCGCACUCUGGUGGUAGACAACGGAUCGUCGGUCUACAUUAACAACAAGGGCCUGGUGUAUUCUGUUGUCCUGCUGCUGGCCUCUGUCUUCCUCACAGUGAUGAGUGUUCAUCUGAACCACUGGAAGCUGGACCGCCGGCUGGGCCUGGGGCUGAUAUUCCUCUAUGCCAUCUUCCUGCUCUGCUCCAUCUUCUUUGGGCAGAUGUGAGGCUGACACUGGGGGUCAAAGGUCAACCCUGAUUCGCUUUCCUGUAAGCUGCCACGUCCAGGAGUCCUCUGUCUCCCAGAGGUCCUCGCCCCUAAAACGAAACAACAGUCUCGGCUACAUUGUGCUAAAAGUUAACGUGAUGUAGCACUGACAGAAUAUGCUCGGAUGACGUUGCACGCGCACACACACACACAUAAUACCCAAACACUCACUGUAGUGCAGUGUUUUAAUACACAGCAACUCAUAAUGUUCAGCUGUCACCAUGGAGAAAUAAUACAAUAGACUAGUACUCUUGUUUCUUUAACCUUAAGUUUGGAACAGCCGUGUUUGUUUUGAAUGUACGCCCUAGCUGAUGUUACCUUGUUGUGUGGGGAUUCAGUAUGUACAUUUGUGCUAAUGUGUAGCAGUGCUGGGGUACAGUGGCGCAUAGAACUGUCUGUCAGGAACUAGGGACAUAGCAAUAGGACAAAUGGGCAGCAUAGACUUAUGAUGGAGAAAAUGUUAAUAAGAGAUGCAGAUUAUUGUGACUAUAACUGACCGAGUUCCUCCAAAAAGAGGAUUUAUGAAUGAUUUUUAAAGUUUUUUUUUGCCUCACUGCUUUUAAACAAGUAUUGUUACAAACUAAGUAAAUAAUAGGCUACCGUGAAAUCUAUGAUUUGUAGCGUUUUUAGAAGUGUUAUUACUAUUGGCGACAUGUUUCUAUGAGUGUCAUAACCUGAUUAAAUGCGUACGGGUCUGUUGUAAUAGUUCACUAUGCUAAAGUAUGAUCAAUGUUUGUAAAAAAAAUAUAUAUUUCUGUACAUUUUUGUUUUUUAGUAUUACUGUAUAACAAUUAUUAAGUCAACAAGACCAUACUUUUUACUGUUUCUAAAUGUUUACUAAAUAUUUUACAUAGUUUUUCAAAAAAUGAAUGUCAGACAGAGACUAGAUUUGUGAUGUUUUUGAUAUUUGUAAGAACUAGAUAAUAUUCUUCCUAUGAUAUUUGUGAGAAUACCAUAUGUUGUAACUGAAAGACGACGUAUAUUUUUUGUCACUUUGGUAAAGUGAUGGUAAAGAAGACUAACGCGUCAGAUCAGCACACUCCACCUAGAUCUAAUGAAAGGAGAAUAGGGUUAUAUUGAAUGUCCCUUUUUAUUCCACUAUUAGGUUAUUUAACCCAGAUUAGAUCCUUUUUCAGCACCUGACCCCCUUGAUUUAGUAUCGUUAUUUAUUAUUUCCGAGAUUUUGCAUAUUUCUUGUGAUGACAAUAAGCAUUGGUUUGCUCCUCAAAAUAGUAUAUUCUCAAAACCUGUUAUUUAUUUUGAAAAUGGUUUCUUUCAUUACCACAAUGGUAACUCCUAUUAAAUAUAAUUUAGAUUUUAGAUCUGAUCAAAUGACUCAAACAUUUUUGCCAAAUGAAAGGACUGCAGAAAAUACUCUGUGUGUCAUAGAACUAUUAGUUCUGUUGUUUGCUCUCAGCCACUCAAGCAUUUUUAACAUUUUAAAGGAGGCUCACACAGAACCAGUCAAGUUUGGACACACCUACUCAUCUUUAUUUUUGCUAUUGUCUACAUUGUAGAAUAGCAGCGAAGACAUC